UUUGCAAAGCAAAAGAAGCUAAAGAGGGCCGGCUGCAUGGAAACAGUUCUGAUUUGACUUCCUUGCAAAACAGUUUUAGCUAGGACCAGGAAAGAAAUCAACUAGACUGGGAUGGGGUCGCUCUGAGUUUUCCGGGCUGUCUGGCCAUGUUCCAGAAGCAUUCUCUCCUGACUAUGUAGCCACCACUCGAAAAGAGAGGAAUUCCAGACAGCAAACAACCAAGUGCCAGUUAACACCUCCCAAACAAUGGAUGUCCCAGGCAGCAACAGCAAGGCUACUCAGUGCUAAUCAGAUUGACAACAUUUACACUUGAGUUAGGGAUUCCUCUUCUUCAGAAGAGGAAGAGGAGCAGGAAAGUGGUCAUGAAUCUGAGGGUGAGUAGGAAUCGGAGAUUUUGCAAGUACCCGCAUUUCAGGAGAGGUGAAAGGAAACAGAGCAGAGACGGUGUUCAGCUAGAAUAGCUUCCAGAAAGGCAGCUGAGUAAUUUGGAACUUUUCUAGCAACUGAGAGGAGACUCAGGGCUAUAAAGCAGAAGCAGGUGCAGCCAGCUCUUGCUGGGAACAAACUGACUCUAAUGCCUAAGCCUUCGCUCCCCUUGUGCCUGCUUCGAGUCUGCAUUUGGGAAACUGCUCUUAGGAUUUAUUGCUGUUUCUUUGCCUGAAGUAAGACUGCGAUUUGAACCUGAGGGUGAGUUGGAAUCUGAGGAGGAGACUGGGAGGGGACUCAGGGCUAUAAAGCAGAAGCAGGUGCAGCCAGCUCUUGCUGGGAACAAACUGACUCUAAUGCCUAAGCCUUCGCUCCCCUUGUGCCUGCUUCAAGUCUGCAUCUGGGAAACUGCUCCUAAGGAUUUAUUGCUGUUUCUUUGUCUGAAGUAAGACUGCUAUUUGAUUUGGGAAUUUAUCAGAGACUAAGAACUGUGUUUGCCCUAAGACUUACUUGCUUCCUUUAGCAUUAUUCCACUGAGUGUGCUGUGCUUUAUGUUUUGCAGAAGUAAAGCAGUUUCCAUUUACUUACCACAGUGUUUUAAGGCUGUUCUUGAAAGACAAAACAGGGGCUGGAAGAAAGUCCAGAGGAGGGAGUUGUCCACAAAGCCUCCAAGCGGCAGCAACAGCAGCAGCUGCUCCACUGACCUCUCCGGUGGCAUCGCACUCAGAGAGACCCGGAGCUGCUCCUGUGAGGAAGCACAGUGUGUCUGCUGCUCUGGAGGGACUUCUUCUCCGUCAUGAUAUCCAGAUGGAAUUGGUAUCUUGUCCUCAGCGGGACGUUCCUCAUCAUCCAGGCUUUCCCACACACCAAUAUUAAAAUCAGUCAAGCUUUGCCAGAACCCAUCCUGUCCUACUCCUGUCCUCUCUUCUGGACCGAAUACGAAGGCUACUGUUACAGAUACUUUCCCAUCAAUAAAACGUGGGCAGAGGCGGACUUGUAUUGUGCAGAGUUUUCCAUUGGUCUCAAAUCAGCCAAACUGGCCUCCAUUCACAGCUGGGAAGAGAAUGUAUUUGUAUACGAUCUUGUGAACAGUCGGGUCCCUGGAAUACCCACUGAUAUCUGGACAGGUCUCAACGAUCUCAGGCAGGAGAGCAACUUUGAAUGGACGGACGGCUCGUCGUAUGACUAUAACUACUGGGAUGGAAGCCAGCCGGAUGAUGGGAUCCACUCUAAACCAGAAGACGAAGACUGUGUGCAGAUCUGGUACAGAUACAGCAGCGCAUUGCGUUCCUGGAAUGACAAUAGUUGCAACAGAGAAUUCCCCUUUGUGUGCAAGAUUCCAUCCCUGGCGGCCGAUUAGCUCUUUCGUGGCCGGGAACGAGAGAGACAAGCACAGCUUUCCCUUUAGACGUCACGCUUCUCAUUCUAAUAAAUCCCAUUCUGGAUCUGAUUCACCAAGUCCUCUGGCCCAGGCCUUGUAUUCCAUAUGGGUUGAAUGAAAAGUAAUGCCUCCGCCUUCGUUUCUUGGGUUUGGAUGGGAAUAUUUUAAUAAAUCCAACUCAGAAAUAA